UUCUUUGAUAAUCUGUGCUGGGCACGACCAACAUGGCACCAUGACAAGAGUGUUAUAUGGUGUUGUGAGUGCGGGCCUAAAAUAUAAACAAUACGACAUGUAAAUUAUAUUAUCGAGCACAUCGACGGUUAACGGAGAUGUACACGUUGCUGCAUGGUUUGUACAAGUAUUUGAUGCAAAAGGACGAGUACUUCGUAUUAAUUUUAGGACUCGACAAUGCGGGGAAAACGACUUACCUCGAGGCGGCGAAGACGAAAUUCACGAAGAAUUACAAGGGUAUGAAUCCGAGCAAGAUUACGACUACUGUAGGCUUGAACAUUGGCAAGAUCGACAUUGCUGGAGUAUCUUUUAAUUUCUGGGAUCUCGGUGGUCAAGAGGAACUUCAAUCUCUGUGGGACAAAUAUUAUGCAGAAUCUCAUGCUGUGAUUUAUAUUGUCGACUCGUCUGACCGUAAUAGAAUACCAGAUUCCAAAGAAACUUUUGAUAAAGUGAUAUCGUCUGAGCAUCUAAUUGGCGUACCAUUAUUGGUACUAGCAAAUAAGCAGGAUGUACCUGAUUGUAUGGGUGUCAGAGAAGUGAAACCAAUAUUCAAUCAAAGUGCGCACUUAAUCGGUAGAAGAGAUUGCAUGGUAAUGCCUGUAUCGGCCCUUAAUGGGGAUGGAGUAGACGAAGGCAUACAUUGGUUGGUGGAUUGCGUCAAAAGAAACAGUGAUAUACGACCGCCUCGUAAUCAGGACGACAAUUCCUUAUCUUAGCUGUGACACAUCCCUAUUCUUUGGUAAUUUAUAUUAAUAUAUAAAUAUAUGUAAUACACUGCGGU